AUGUUUCGGACUACUCAAAAAUUCACUUCAAUAUAUUUACCUUUGUUCAGAUUGCAUUUUCCCACAAAUGCAUAUUAUUCAACCAUCAAACCUAAUUUAAAACUUUUACAGCAAUUACGACAAGAAACUCAAGUCAGUAUUACAAAAGCAAAAGAAGCGUUAAUAAAGCAUAAUAAUGAUUAUGGUACAGCAUUAUCAUGGAUUUUAGAAGACUCUAAAACCAGUGGAAGUGCCAAGGCAGAAAAACUUAAAGGAAGGAUAGCUAAAGAAGGAUUGGUUGGAGUUGCAUUGACAAAGGGGUUCGAAGGAAGGACUGGAGCUAAAGAAACAGGCAUGGGAAAUACAAGAGGUGCAAUCGUUGAGGUUAAUUGCGAAACUGACUUCGUUUCACGCAACACCCUUUUCCAACAAUUCGUAACUCAAGUCGCAUCCACAUCUCUUUUACUAUCUUCAGAUGCUGAAUCUAUUUCUUCAUUUUCUUCCAACUAUGCCUCAUUUAUUCGGCCAAUACCACUCCCACUUCUUCAGUCGUCACCUUUGUAUCCUCAUCCAUCAUUAACUUCAUCUUCCUCUACCAAUCUUCCUUUGGCUACUGUUCAGGAAUCUAUGAUGGAACUUAUUGGUAAAUUAGGUGAAAACAUUAGUUUGCGUAGAGCUGAUGCCGUUGUACUUCCCGAUAUGAAUGAAACUUCAAAUGUAAUAAACGACAAAGAUAUUAUAUUGACAAGUGGAUAUGUUCAUGGUGGUGAUUUAUUUACAGGCAAAAUUGGAGGAUUAGUUGUUAUGAAAUUAUCGAGUAAAGCCACAAAACAAGACUCCACCUUGACGUAUCCUUCAGAGCAAAUAAAUAAAUUAUUAAGAAAUUUAUCUAGACAAAUUGUUGGAUUUAAUCCUCAAUAUAUUAGUGAAAAUCAUGUGAAAGUGAUUCCAGAUGGUAUUAACAAGGAUGAUUACUUAAAAGAAAAUGUUUUGUUAUGUCAAGAUUUUUUGAUUGGAGGUGGUAGUGUUAGGGAUGUUAUAGAAAAAGCCGAGAAGGAAUUUGAAAUCACAGUUGAAAUAAUUGAUUUUAGAAGAUGGGAAUGUGGAGAGGGAAUUAAGAAAUCUGAAGAUAAUUUUGUUUCUGAGGUCAUGUGUCAAGCAGAAUUAUUUGUAUCAAUGUCGUUGUUAGACGCAAUAAAUCGCUUAAAUGAGAGAGACGAGCACUCAGAAUUAGGAGAGAAUGGAAUUAAAGACGUGCGUAACACAAAUGGAAUUGAAAAACAGGUAAAUGGUAUUAAACCCGAACUUGUUAACGGAAAUGCUAAAGAGGAAGAUCGUAAAAACGAAUCUGAUUUACUCGUUGAUAUUCUGGAUCCCUCGUCAACUCCCACAGUACAAGAAAUGGAAAAAAAAAUUAGGAAUUUCGCGGCUCAAAGCGAAUCAGAAUAUUUACAAUCUAGAUUAAGAAUUCAUUCCAUUGAACCUAAAAAAUAUUUCGAUUACCUAAAAAUUAAUUCUAAAAAAUCUCGUAAUAGUAGCAAUAAAAGUGCCAAACCUAAAAAAGGUCAACGGGUUAAUUCAGAUGAUGCAAAUAGUUAUGAUAAAGAUAUAUUUAAUCUAGCUUCAUGGCAAAAAGAAAUUGAAGAAGAACCAAUUAUCGAUAUCGAAGCACUACAAUCAGAAUAUUUUGAAAUGAAGUCAAACGAACUCAUCAUGGCGAAUACACGAAUUCCUCUAUUUACGAGCGAUUUUAUCAAAAGAAUAGUUUCUUAUUGCAUAUCACAAAAUUCGGAUGGGACACCUAACAUGAAAUUUUGGUCAUCCACUCUAUUCCAAUUCCUUAUUGGGAAAAAUGUCAUAUCUAACAGUUAUGUGAAAGAUGGUAUCGUGAAAGCUUUCAUUGAAAGAAAUUCAUUGGGGUUGUUGAAACUUGCUUUAACUCACGUUCCUGAUAUACCUGAAAAAGAUCUUGUAUAUCUAUUGAAAUACUUGAUUUCACAUAAUUCACAAUUCUCAAAAUCAGAAAAGAAAAAACCUUUAAUAAAAGAAUUUUUCUCAUUAAUUAUCCAUGCUCCAAGAAAUGACAAUAAGAUGAUGAAAGCUUUAAAAGAUUUGAAUGAGGAUGAAUUAUUGUUUAUAAUUCAAAUUUUUCGUAAAUGGAUUAAAAUACAUGGUGAUACUGAUGUUAUGCCCGAAUUAAUGUCACCUGGUAAAGCGAAAGACGCUUUAUUGAAAAAAGUCAAGCACAUUCCAGAUUUUCGUAUUCUUCUCGAUUUUAUGUCUUUAAUUUUUGAUGUACAUUUUUCUACCUUGAUUCUCUCCGAAGGACUGCAUCCAUCUCUUGAUGGGUUAUCAAAGUUAAUAACAUAUGAAUUAUCAAUAUAUGAAUCAUUUGAAUCUAUGAGAGGUUGUUUAGCAUUAUUUCAUCAAAAAAGACAUAUUAAAUCGGAGAAAAAUUCUUCAACGGAUGAUGCUAACACAUCGAUAUAUGAUAGAAAGAACAUUACUUGGUUAAAUGAUGGUGAUAUACCUAUUUAUUCGGUAGAAUUAUUUAGUUUUUAUGGAGAAGAUAAUGAAGAUAAUUUUAAAUUAGAUGAGAUGGACAUUGAUGUGGAUGAGACGAUUCAAGAUAAUUAA